AUGUCGUCUGGUGCAUCUAAUCGUUCUGCUGCUACCGUGGACAAACCAGUGUCCCUUAAGAGAAAUUCAGAGGACAUAGGAUGGGAAUAUGGAGUGCUAGUUGAUCUUAAUGAUUUGAAUGUGAUCCAAUGCAAGCUAUGUCCUAAAGUUGUCAAGGCAGGCAUGUAUAGGUUGAAGUUGCAUAUUGCUCAAAAGAGAGGACAGGUGACACCAUGCCCGAAUGCCACACCUGAAGACAUAGCAUGGUGCAAGCAAGCUAUUGAUGAUUCUAGCAAGGCUAAAAAGGCAAGGUUGAUGGAACAGCAAGAGGUUAGAGAUAAUGUAGUAAUUGAUGUUCCAUCAGACAAGGAAGAUGAGACAGGGCUGCAUGAAAUUGGAAGUGCAUCACAAGCAACAGUUGGUCCUAUGGACAAGGUCACAAAGCCCCUUGAUGCUAGUUCUCUGGGUAUACCUUUUAAUGCCAUCAAUAAUGAAGAAUUUGACCAAAUGCUUGAAGCUGCUGGACGCUAUGGGCCUGGUGCAAAGAAGCCUUACCAACGAGAGAAGUUGUUGCAUGAAGAAGUCAGUGAUACAAAGGAGAUGUUGAAGUUGCAAGAAAAUGAGUGGGCUAAGAAUGGCUGCUCCAUUAUGACUGAUGCAUGGACUGAUCAGAAAAGAUGGAGUAUAAUGAAUAUGUGUGUGAAUUGCAGCAUUGGUACAAGUUUUCUUGAAUCAAAGGAGGCCUCAUCUGAAUCCCAUACUGGUGAACUAAUAUUUCAGUAUGUAAACAGCUGCAUUGAGAAAGUUGGUGCACAAAAUGUAGUCCAAGUGGUCACUAACAAUGCCUCCAACAAUAUGGCAGCAAAGGACAUGUUGUAUGUGUUGAAGCCAAACAUCUUUUGGAGCUCUUGUGCUACUCACACCAUCAACCUCAUGCUUGAAGAUAUGGGAAAGAUGAAGAAGUUCACGAGCAUAGUUGAUCAAGCAAAAGCUCUUACUAUCUUCAAUUAUGCACAUCAUAAGACACUCUCUUUGAUGAGAAAGUUUACAAAGAAGAGAGACAUCAUUAGGCCAGGUGUGACUCGAUUCAGUGGCGGAGCUAGCAUUGAACCCAAGGGGGUGCCAGUGCUACAGUGA